CCAAGAAAACAGCUUGAAACGAGGAUCCGCCCUCUGCACUUGUCCUAGGUAGGUAUAGGCUAGUUAUUUCACAUUUCAUCUCAGUUCUUUCUACAAACUCAACCAGGUCAUACGGUCUUAAGCCUUGUUUAAGCAGUGACGAUUCUUUAAACUUUUAAGAGGAACUCCUUGACUACAAAACAAAAUGCAGCGUUUCGGGAGAACGUUUGAGAGCGAAAAGCAUCAAUUGCAGGAGCUCAACGACAGACUUUCUCAAUACUUGUGCAGAACCAAACAACUGGAGGAUGAAAACUCAUGCCUCAUCACAGAAAUAAAUACACUUCGGCAGGCGAGGACGGCGGGUCUGGAAAAAGGCUACAUGAGCGAGAUGCGCGAAUUGAGGAGAAUGGUGGGGCAGCUGUCCUUUGAGAAGUCCCAGGCUGAGAUGGAGCGGGAGAGGCUAUGGCGGGAGGUCCAGACGGUGCAGUCUCUGCGCCGGGAGGAGACUGAGGUGUGCCAGGACAUAGGGGGUGCGUUAAAGGGCUGCGAGAAAGAGCUUCGACACGGCAACGAAUCCCACGUUGCCCUCGAGCAGCGUUUAUUUCAACUGGAGAACGAAUAUGAACAUUUGGAGGAAAAACACAGACAAGAAACUGCACACCUCCGCCGCCAGCUGGAUUCACGGGUGGUCCCCAUCAUGACCCGGUAUCACCAAGAAGGUGGACCGGUGGUCUCUCCGGAAGAGGUGCAACAGUUCGCUCGUAGUGUGUCGGAAGGAUGGAUGGACACUUUUGAAAUGUAUCAACACCAAGUAGAAGAAAUUGAGCAAUCAAUUCAAUCAGACAGGGCGAUGCUCGACGAUCUCCAAAAGGAGAAGAUGCUUUAUGCAGCAGAUUUUGACAAAUUACGCAUAGAAGCGCACAAGCAAAGUCAAAUUCAAGUCCAUCUUGAAGAACAACUUGGGCACAUGCAGGAAAGAUUCCGGAUGGAAUUGAGCGACUACCAGAGCACCAUUGAGGAGCUGGAGCACGAACGCAACAUGCUGGCCGACAGCAUGGAGGCAAAGCUGUGGGACCAUCAGCAGCUGCUGCGGGUCAAGAUGGACCUGGGCAUGGAGGUGGCAGCCUACAGGUCUCUCCUCGAAGCCAAUAGAGGAGAUGUGCAAGAGACGCACAGAAUGGGGAAUCAAAGAGAAAGAAUAAUAGAAAUCAAGAGGCCUUCUCUCCCCUACACCCAGAGAGCAGGCCCCUCCACCAGACAGCAUCUAGAUGUCAGGUACACGGAGCUCGCUUCCACCCUUAGGAGAUCGCCUGGGCCCGCCUCUGGAUCCAUGAGUCCCUCCAGGGUCAUCCCUAUCUCCGUCUCCCCCCGGGGCCAGCAUCAAAGUCCUGCAGCCAGGAGGGACAUGCUCUCAUUCAAUAAAGCCCGAGUUGAAACAUCUACAGCAGCUACUGCUGCAGCCACACCCUCCAAACCCGCAGCCAAGGAUGAUGAGCAGAGUAGUCGGGCCAUUGGGAGAAAGGCAAAGGAAGAACAGAUUGUUAGAGUCCAAACGGUUACUCAGGUCGAGAAAACACUGAGCCCUGUGGUCUCCAACACGGAAGCCUCAGAAUCAAUGAGAACGGUAUCACCAAUGGUGAGAGGCGACGUUACCGCAGAGACGGAAGGCGAAAAGAAAGUAAGAGAUGAAAUGGAGGAAAGAGUAUGUGUGAGUGAAGGCGAUUUGAAGGGAAAACGUGGGAAAGAUUUGAUGGUGGAUUCAAGCGAGAAAAAGCUUCUGGACAGCGUGACCAUGGAGGACAUCAUCAGCCAAGUGAUGCGCCCUGCAGGCAUGGAUCCCAGAGGGAGCCCAGCGGGGGACUCUCCCCUGACCUACCAUGUGGAGAAGACGGAGCAGGAGGAUGGCUCCACGAAGACGCAGAUCAUACUGGAGUCUAAGGUGGAGGAGGAGCUCGACCUCUCCCAGGACUUUGCUCUGGACGCGCUCCUCGGUGGAGGAGAGACGACCAUAUCGCUGGAGGACAUCCAGGGCACGCCCACAGGAAGCAUGAUCCAAGAGCUGCUGAGCGGCCUGCGGAGGGACGAGGGCAUGGCCAACAAGUCAAUCAAUAUCCAGAUCAUGGAGACGCCCUUGGUGGAUGACCGUAAUGACGCAGAGCAGGACUCCUCUGUGACGUACUGUCAGGUCGAAGACAUAGAGGUUGCUCCUUGUGAUGUCGAAAAAAGGCAACAAGCUGACUGUCAUACAUCGAACAUCAGCAACACAGGCACGGUUGAAUUCAUACAGGGUGACGAAUUCUCCAGGAGCUCCAAGGAGACUGAUUCGCCGUACUACGGCCAUGACGAAGGGUCUCAAGAGUAUUUUGUUUCAACACCUGAUGAAAACCUUUCCGAACUCGACGAGGGACUUGGGAUAGGGUCCUAUGGCCAUUAUGCAAACCUUGAGGAUCUAUCCGAUGAGAGAUAUUAUCAAGAUGAAGGGCUUGCGCAGCAAGGAAUGAUUGCCGAGGAAGUUGAGGAAUACGAACUGUCGAGGUUAAUGUCACCGAAUGGCUCCUAUGUCAAAGAGCGCUUCCCAGAAUGCAUCAUUGAAGAGGAAGUGCAGGUCUCACCCACGGUGCAAGACGAGGUGCUGGGGUUCCUGAAGGAGGAGUCCCUGGACCCAAAGGAACAGCUAGAGGGGGCCCUGGAUAGCCUACAGGACUCAGUGUCGGGGCCCCUGAAGGAAGAACUGGCUUACUUCACACGACUCAGUAGGGAAAGCCCUCAGAAUAUGUCAGUGGACGUCAAAAGAGUACAGCACACCAAAGAGGACGGCUCCAUGACGAUCACGGCAGAGCUAAACAUCUCUCAGAGCCUGGCCGAGUCGGGGCUGCUGGAGGAGGAAGAGGGGGAUCUCUCCGAGGAACAGAUACUGGCCUCCCUCCAGGCCUCUAACCCCGGGCUGCAGGCACUCCUCACGCAGGGCGGCGCCCAGGGGUACAGCUUCCAGAUGUCUGAAGAGCAGCAGAGCGGACACGCUGGAGGACCGGAGGACAUGGCUGCUAUGGGAGGAUCUGUGACCCAAACAACCGAGAGGUACAUCAAGCUGGGGCCGGAAGAGAGGUCCUUCACCUUCCAGAAGGAGGUAGAUCAGACGAGCUCAGGCCAUAUGCUGCACUCGCACAUGCUGACUAGUCCUAUCGAGAUUUCUCAUGAAAAGAAAGUUGCAACAGUAUAUCUUGAAAGCUCAACAGACGAUUAAAAAAUAGAUUUGAUGCAUCUCUUUUAUUUGACAGGCGAUUUCUAUUUUAAUAUGCUUCCAAUAAUUAAUACUCCAUCAAAUUAUCAUGGAUACUUACCCUAUUUUAUUUUUUACAAUUCAGUAGAAUUUAGUUCACUAGUCAUACAAGGAUACAAUUCAUCCUUGUUUGACUAGUGCUGUAAUUGGAACUAGUGCUCUUACUGCUGUGCUUUCAUCGUAACAUACAUUUAAUUGUACCGUUGACCCGGACACAUAUAAUCAACUUACUAUCAACUACUUUAAGACAUGUUUGGUAGUUGAUAGUUGAAGAGAUAUUGAUUACAUGAUAAGGUAUUUUUCUGUAAUAAUCACAAUAAUAAGGCACACAAGUUAAUGCCUUACAUUACCUUGAACACUGUAGGCAAACUGAUUUAUAUGCUUGCAGUUACCAUAAUAUGAUCAAUAUAAUCACCGUUCAUAGUUGUUAGUCUUUGUAGCUUCUGGUCUUCUUUUAAUGAUAAACGCUCACUAGACAUUUUUAUUUUUGUACUAACCUAUUUGCUUGACAUUGACGUUACUUAAUGGAUAGUUAUGAGCUCGGAUGCAGAUCAUACUAAACUAUUGACAAACAAGCCAGGGAUUUAUCCAUUUUCGUAUGAUUAUAUAAUUAUAUCACUGAUUAUAAGACUGAAAGGGAAUAGUUGUGCAGGAGAGGCAUUGAUCUGUUAAAGACAAUUAUUAAAGAGGAUGCUCCUACCUUUGCUGUCAAAUAAAAACAUCGCUCUUCUAUAACAAUUUGGUCUAAAUAUUGAUUCAACUUAGUUUAAAAGAGUACAAAAAACAGAUAUCAUGGAAAAACAUGAGAAAGUGUUUGAAGAGCCCGUGGGUUGAUUACAGAAGGUUGAUGGAUGACAACACAUUAAUUAAUUUCUGAAGCAGUUUUGAGUGGCACUUUCACUUUAUAUGGUGAUGGAAUGCUUUGACGUGUGUCUGCUGAAGUGUGUGUUGGGGUUCACUGUCACUAUGAUAGGUGUUUGUUUCACCCUUAUGGUUAUUCCUGGAUUAACAGAGGAUCAAUUAGCAAAGAGACAAGCUGUGGCUUCCAUUUAGUUUUAUGUAUUUCAUGUCAUGAACUCACCAUUCUCCUCUAUUAUAGCAAUGUGUUUUGAUUUUACUUAGCUGCAUCAUGAUCAUGAACUUCACAGAACUCUAGUUAGGGAUUAUGUGGAACUGAAAAGGAAAAAAUCCCACGGUAGGGUUAAUUUGCUGUUUCGAUCCAUUUGACACACCAUUGACAUACCAUUGCUUUAAAGGAUAUUUUAUUGCUGUAAAGGGAUGUUUUGCAUUCUAGUGCCAACAAACGUAACAAUAUUUGACAUUAAACAAAAUGCUAUAAUGAACAAACGGGAGAGUUAUUUGUGUUUUCAUUUAAAAUGCAAUGCCAUUUCAGUGCUGUAUAAUCUGGAAAUGUUGCUAUUGCUGACGUUUGAACAAACAAACAGAAUAAAGCAGCAUGUAAAGCAUGUGUAUCACUGUUAAUGUGAAUGCUUUAGUAACCCAUUUACUGUAUCAAUUAUUGAAAUGAUUAGAGAGAAAAGUAUAAAACUUCUUCUAUCUGUGCUUUGAAAGCAAAUAAAAAUGUAAAGUUACA